UGGGCUAUUCACGAUGGUCUGGGAAACAUCCAUGAGGAUGAUUUGAAGGCAUGCCGUCACAAUACAACUGCAUGAGGCCACUUCCUCAAUUAAGAAAUAGAUCUGAAGACGAAGGAAAUUUUUUUCAGUUCCCUGUACUGUUCAGCGACCGACCACAGGACUUUCGAUUCCACAAAUUUUACGAGAACAUAUAUCGCAUGUACUCGGUGAGAUUUUUAUGUAAUGAAAAAUUCUUUUGCGUACGUAAAUGAAACUUUUUUAAAUUUAAUUUUAUUUGUUUUUCUAAAAAUAUCGAAAUACCAUCAUCUCGCCUGUUCACGGUUUUGCCAAAGAUAGGGAUACAAAAAUAAUUUUUCAUACUUAUUUAUUAUUUUAUUUGGCAUGGAGCAAAAGAUUUCGAAUUUCAAGGUAUAUAAAUUUUCACACCAUUUCAAACUAAUUUUAAAUUUGAACGAUGUCAGUCGAUUAGUCCUGGAGAAAGUUUAAAAAUAUGGCUUAUUUUCAAUCAAUGCUAAGACCUUUCAUGUAGUUUUAUAAAAUAUCCAACAGGGGUUCAUGUUUGCUUAAGGAGUAAUCACAUAAAUAUAAGCUAAAAGCUGCAAUUACUGAGUAUGGUUAGUUCUUAAAAUAUGUCAUAAUGCCAACAGCAGACUUCUGAAUAGAGUUGAGCAAGUCUCAUCUCUGCUCAAACAUGUUCGAAUACGUUGAUGGCAUAAAGACUGGAACUGCGGUUACACUUCUAAUCACCAUAGUGGUUAUUAUUGCCAUUUUUUAUCAGAAACAAUCUAGAUGUCUGCCGCCAGGUCCUGUUGGUUGGCCGUUUUUUGGUUAUUCACCAUUCCUCGAAGAUGAGACAUGCCAUCGUACUUUACACACACUGCAAGCAAAGUAUGGUGAUAUCUACAGCUUCCGAUUCUGCGGUGCUCUGUACAUUCAUUUGGGAAGCAUCAAAGCCAUCCGCGAACUCCAUCUCAACAAGGCCGACUAUUUUGAAAAAUGUACAGAUUUUAGUGUACUCAACUGGGUUUUUAGUGACGGAGUUGGAGUAAUUAAUGGAGAAGCAUGGAGGGUUCUGAGAAAGUUUACUCUGCAGCAUUUCAGAGAGACGGGAAUGACUACCAUCAACAAUCACGUGGCAGAAUCGAUGUACUCUUCGAUUCAAGAGACCAUCGAAUACCUGAGAUCCAAGGAUGGCGGACCCGUAGAAAUUAUUGAAUUACUGACAGACAAAUGCAAUGCGAUCUUUCGUUGCUGCAUGUUUGGUAGUACCAGUAUUACCGAGUUGGAAGUUAGAGAAAUCAAUCAAUCGUUUGGUCAUGUUAUGUCAUUUAUGACCCUCACUAAUCUUCUUUAUACUGGAAAUAUAUCACGACAGGGCCUUGGUGUCGACUCUAUUACAAUUUGUCGGUGAUGGAGUGUUGAGCGUAGCUUUCUUCGUUUCUCUCUUCCUGAAGCAUGUCUUGGAAGACGAAGAUAUUCAGGAGAAGGUGUACCAGGAGGUGAAGGAAGUCGUUGGGCUGGAGAGACAUCCGGCCCUGGAAGACAAGAGUCAGAUGCGCUAUACCAACUCACUCAUCCAUGAAAUCAUACGCACAACAGAGUAUUUUGCUGUCUUUCCCAGCGCACAGUGCAUCAAAGAAACCACUGUACGAGGGUACAGGAUUCCUAAAGGUGCCAUCACACUGAUGAAUGUGUGGGCAAGCCACCAUGAUCCUGAUAUUUAUGAGAAACCAGAGACAUUCGAUGAGAUGCGCUUCAUUUCUGAGGACAAGAAUCAGAGACCUGAACUUCCGAUACGUUUUGGUGUCGGUAAGAGGAAUUGCAUAGGAGAAAGCUUUACAAUGGCGCAGGUUUUCUUAUUUUUGACAGCAAUCAUACAGAAAUUCAAACUAACCGUCCCGAAAACUUCAGACAUUGGCGUUCUAGAAUUGAUGAAGAAUGGAAAAAUGGAAAUUUGUGCCAAACCCAGAAAUUAAAGAAGAAAAAAAAGAUGUAUAUAUAUACAUAUACCAAACACUGUUCAGACAUGUGAUUGCUGGAAGAAAAAAUUAUCUGAAUUUUUUUUUUCGUAUUAUAGUUCGUAUUUACUUUUUAUACAAAGAAGAUAAAUGGCUACUCUCAUUUUUAUGCAUACAGAAAAGAAUAUAUAUAAAUAAAAAAAUGUUACAUAUUCA